AUGUGUCGGUUUUUAAUUUAUAAGGGAAAGGAGCCGAUGCUCUUGUCUAAUCUUCUUACAAAACCUGCGCAUUCCAUUAUUAACCAAUCAUUUGAUUCAAGGCUACGCAUAGACCAUCAACCUAUCAAUGGCGAUGGAUUUGGUGUUGGCUAUUACACUCUAGAGGAUGAAAGAAAUGAACUGGAAUCAGGAAAAGUUUCCGGACCAUGUGUUUACAAGGCGAUCACUCCCGCUUGGAAUAAUUUGAAUUUACAAAGAUUAGCAGAGAAAACUCGUUCAAGAUUAAUAUUUGCUCAUGUUCGUGCAUCUUCUUAUGGUGUGUUAAGUGAGACAAACUGUCAUCCAUUCACAUAUCACAAUAUUAUGUUUAUGCACAAUGGCGGAAUUUCCAACUUCAAACGCAUCAAGAGAAAGCUUAUCAGUCAUAUAGAAGAUGAGUUCUUUUUGACUUUACAGGGGUCGACCGAUUCAGAGUGUAGCUUUGCUUUAUUCCUUGAUACAUUAUUCAAAAUGGGAUAUGAUCCUAAACUUGAUCAUGUUGUACCUGCUGAUGCUCUCCGCAAGGCACUUGUUAAAACAAUACAAUAUAUUAAAGACUGGGUUUCCGAAUUAAAUGUGAAAGAUCCAGAUCCAUCUUUGAUGAACUUUGCUGUGACUGAUGGUGACUCAAUUGUGGUUUCACGCUAUGUGUCGUCAAAGGUAGAUGAGGCGGCAUCAUUAUAUUUCUCUACUGGUUCUAAGUUUAUCGAGGUGAGUCCAGGACAAUUUAAAAUGGAAAGGUUGAAUAGAUCACAAGAUAUUAUUAUGGUUGCUUCAGAGCCGCUUACCUUUGAACGUGGAGACUGGAUUUGUGUACCAACAAAUUCCACAAUCACAAUAAAGAAACAGACUGUGAUGUUGCACCCAAUUAUAGACGAAUACUAUCAGGCAAAUCCAACAUUUAUCAGAUCGAGAGAAUUUGCUGAAAGCAGAGGCCUCAUGGGAACAAUUCCAAAGGAACAGGGGACAGAUAAAGAAGUUCCGCCGUUGGAAAGGGAAGGAAGGAGCCGCACUGUUCUUGGAGCUGCCUAA